UCAGAUGAACAGUUUCCUGAACUAAUGGAAGAAUUGGCACCGAUUUGCAAAAACUUUUCUCAGACUGGAACCCCGAAGCAGGCUAAGGGUGCCAUCCACUGUAUAUUCAAGAACAUGCCUGACCUCCACGAAACUUUAUUUCCAAGUAUACUGGAUACAAUUAAAGAUAAUCUUACACCUUCAUCUGCCCAUUACAGGACUGCCAUUGUGACUUUGGGACAUAUCGCUUUCAAUAUUCCCGAUAGGUACAAGGUUCAAAUUAAAAACAUUGUUUCAAGAAAGAUUGUCAAAGAACUGUUGGUGAAGGAAGGUCGUGAAACAGAAAUUGACACAACUGAUUCAGAUCCUUGGUGUCCCGAAGAUCAACUUCCUGAAGAGACUAGAUGUAAGGUGGAAGGCCUGAAAGCUAUGGCCAGGUGGCUUCUGGGACUAAAACAAGAUACUGCUUCGGCUCAAAAAACAUUCAGGAUGUUGAAUGCUUUCAUUUUACACAAAGGCGAUUUACUGCAGUCUGGCCGGCUUUCUAAAUCAGAGAUGUCUUGGUUGAGGUUAGCAGCUGGAUGUGCAAUGUUGAAAGUGUGCGAACAGAAGGGUGUUGGUGAUCAGUAUACGGCAGAACAGUUUUAUAACCUGUCUCAGUUGAUGGUGGAUGAAGUGAAGCAAGUCCGGGAAAUUUUUGCUGCCAAACUACACAAAGGUCUUAAUAAGGGACUGCCAAACCGAUGCUUACCACUAGAUUUUAUGGGUUAUUAUGCCCUUGCUGGUAGAGAACCGGAGAACCGUCUCAGAACGACAGUUCGAAACUACAUGAUUGCAGACAUCAACAGGAGAAGAGAUUACGUUAAAACUUUGACGAUGGGUGCGGGACAGGCAGAUAAAGCAAUCAGCCAGCUGCCACAUAUUUUACCUGAUUACAUGUUAGUGUUUGCUGUGCCAGUUUUGGCUCAUGAUCCGUUUUUGACAAAAUGGGACGAUGUGGAAGAAUUGACGAAGGCAAAACAAUGUCUUUGGUUUAUUUUGGAGCCUUUGGUAGUGAAAAGUGAAUAUUUCAGUUAUGGUUUCUAUAAGAAUUUGAUUGAGAGGAUGAAAAAUCAUAAAGACGCUGUUAGGCCAGAUGAUAACUCUAUUAACUAUGGUUGA